CACAGACACAGACACACACACACACACUCAUCUCCACUGGCCUCAAGAGUAAAGUGGAUCUGGUUUCUGUUCAGGUCUCUUCUGGACUCCACUCAUUCUCCUGUCGUCUUCUGCCACAACGACUGUCAAGAAGGGAACAUUCUUCUGCUGAAGAACCAGAACAAGCUGAUGCUCAUUGACUUUGAGUACAGCAGCUACAACUACAGAGGAUUCGAUGUUGGAAACCAUUUCUGUGAAUGGAUGUACGACUACAAUUGUGAUGAGUUUCCAUAUUUCAGAGUCAACACUGAGGCGUUUCCUGCAAAGACACAGCAGCUUCACUUCAUCGAACAUUACCUGCGCGAGUUUGAUGGCGACUUUGAGGAGCUGAGCGAAGAGGAACAGACGAAGCUGAAGCAGGAAAUGUACCUGGAGGUCAACAGAUUCUCGCUGGCCUCUCACUUCUUCUGGGGCCUGUGGUCCAUCGUCCAGGCUCAGCUCUCCACCAUCCAGUUUGGAUAUUUGGAUUACGCUCUGGCCAGAUUUGACGCAUAUUUCCAGCAGAAGAAGAAAAUCUGGACGGUUUAACAGACGAUGGAUCCAACGUCAACACUGUGCAUCGCUUCACUUCCUGCUCCGAGAGAACAUGCUGCCACCUGCUGGUGACCUUCCAACCCAAGUCCAAACCCUGAAAAUGUGGCCGUGAUGCUUAACAUUUGUCCCACAAUGCUUUGCGGCACUGAGUUGAUGCCGUGUAAAAAACUAACUUCAUCACCGCUGGGUUAAAGUGAAUCAGGAGAAGGCGGAGUUUGGUGCCACUGAUGUGGCUCCACCUUGUUACUAAAGGGCCGACGCCCUCGCUGCUGCGUUUACGACAUGUUCUUAAAUUCAGACACGGCGUCUUCACGACAUUCAGUUUAUUUUUGAAACAAUCGUAUUCUCCAUGCGUUCUAUUUGAGCUUAACGUAGACGAUGAACUUUCAUCGCGUUUUAAUUUGUUCACUGUUUCACUGAUCAGCUGUUUUUCCCCUCGCAGUAUUCGUGAGUCGCAGUGUUUGUUGUGUGGCUAACGUUUUUCACGACAUUCCAAUGGAACGCAAUUCACGAAACUCACGUUUCACUGAAGUUCACACUGGAAACACAACAUAUUCUAUCUAUACAAAUCAAAGAUUCAUGUCGCCGUGUGAAAGCAGCAGGUUCUAUCCCAUAAUCUGGGUGGCGCUGUUUCACAGACACAAAUCUCCUCACUAUGUCGUAGCUGGACUGAAGUAAAAACAUCACAAUAGGUGAAUCCACGAGAUUUUCCUCGACUGAACUGACACUUUCUUCGUCUUCUACCUCACCCUGUCACGCGUUUCACUAACACUUUUAUGUUGCCGUCGAGUCACACUUUUUUUUAUUAUUGUUGUUUUUUUCAUGUUGAACCACAACCUGCCACUGGGGGGCGUUGCCCUUCAGACUUGAUCAAAAAUGCUGUGAAUGAAAACCAAGUCAGUGUUUGGUUUGUUUCUCGUAAAAAAAGAACAAACAAAGGCUGCAUCCCGAACUUCUCUGUCUGCGUCCGUUACAUGCUCUUCGUGUUCUCGAUGCUGGAAAUAUGUCGUGUUCUGUAAAACUCAAGUUAAUGUUUAUGUGAAAAGUAAAGACGGUAACAUUCGA